UGUGCACAACAGCAGAGCUGCGGAAGGAUCUGACGGAUGUCAUGUUCAAUUCCAAUCGAAUAUCAGAUACACAAUGUCUUAACGAAAUGGAAAUGAUUCUUUCCUCGAAUUCGACUAACGUGAAACAAAGUAACAGAAUUUCAUUCAUGCAAGAGUCUUUCGGCUGACACUUUCCGGAAAAAUGCAGGUAAGUUUUUCAAUUUUAUCGCAAACCCUAGAACUGAAUCCCGAAUACUAAAUUAUGAUCUUUGGUGUUUCACUUUAGUUUUCACGUUAUAUAGCUUAGAGGUUUAUUUUUAUUGUUUUAAUGAUCGAUUUUGUGGAAGAAAUGGAUGAAUUACUAGAUGGAUUAGGUUGUAGACUAAGGGUAUCAGGCAUGGUAUCAGAUUCCAUAAUGAUGGGAAUAGUAAAUUCAGCAAUGGAACAAGCAUUUCAAAAAGCUUGUUCUAAAGAAGGUAAUAUUGAAAGAUUAAAUGAAAAAUCCAGGUUUUGUGUAUUAGCAGUAGUGCAAUUAGAAUUGUGCAUUAAAAUAUUUCAGGAAGAUACAGAUAUUUAUGUAGUAGUUGAUAAUAGUUUGGAACGUGAGAAAUUGGUAUUAGAACUAGGAGAAAUAAAGGAUCGGAUUCAAAGACGACUUGAAGAAACUGAAUUCGCUAUUUCGGAGAAAGAUAGAGAGUUGAAUGAGGCAUUACAAGCUUUGGAUAGGAAAGAUAGGGAGGUAUGGUCUUUAAGAAAUAACUUAAAUGAACUUGGCAAAGUGAAGAGUGAGGGAGUUCAAGAAUUUGUUCGUAGUAACAGGGUUGUUGUGGAUGAUAAAAGUAUAGAUGGUGAUUUUUGUGAGUUGAAGAAUUCUGUUGAUCAGCAGUUUUUGAAUAUUAAACAAAAACUUGAGGAUGAAAGGAUUAAUAUCACCUCGAGUAUGAGGAAAAUUGAGACGGUAAAUGUUGAAUCCGAUUCUCGAUUAGUUGAAGACGAAGAAAAUUCUGCAGAUGGUGCGAAAAAAUGUGAGCUAUAUGAAAAGGGUUCUGAAAUUGAGAUUUCAAAUCGUUCGUUGAAGCCAGAACUGAAUGCGGGGUUUUGUAGAAUGGGAUCUGACAUUGAUGUCUUGAAAGGCACCCUAGAUGUUGCAUUUGGAAUGAUGGAUAAUGUCAUUUCUUUGUCAGAGGUGAAACCAUUGGAGCAAAAGUGGAGGUGGACUAUUGAGAUGGACACAAUUGCUGUUGUAAUUAACGGAUAUUUGAGGGAUACACAAGAUCAUUUUGGAGGAGAAGUGAGAGGUGGACAAUAUUGCGGUUCUCUAGUGUUGAAAGAAAAUUGGCCUGAAUUUUUAAAUGAUGUUAUAACUUUGAGACAGGAACUAGAGAAUUUGAUGGAUCAAGUGAAAAAUUCUAAACGUCGUGAAUCAAUUUCCCCUCCAUCCCAGAAGGAUGUUGGAGAAAAGCUGUUUCCUUUCAAGCGUCGUGAGUCCAUAUCUCCUCCAUCUUCAAAAGAUGUUGGAGACAAGUUCUUCCCUCACACAGUGAAUAUAAAAAGGCGGUCUGUUUCGGAUGCUUCUGUACUAGACAAGUUUGGGAAUUUGGUGGAUGAAGCGAAAAUAUUCCAGCGCCGUGAAUCAGUAUCCCCUUCAAAGGACGUCGGAUACACCGAGUUUUUUCAGAAAACAAACCAAUCAAGAGCAAAGCCUUCUGCUGAAGCUUCUGCUGUUGUAGACAGGUACGGGAAGCCACCAAACACUACUCCUUUGAAGAUUAAAACACAAGAACAAGAACCUCAGGAGGAACAAUUUAAAGAAGAUUCAUCAGGGCAAGGAAGUAGUCUUGUUGCUGAAAUGAUAAGAAAUCAUGAAACAAUUAUACGACAGAAAAAUGCAGAGUCAAAUUGGCUGAAGGUGGAAAUACUAAGAGAAAAGGGAAGCUCGGCAAAGAAAGAUACGGAACCUGAUACCUUGAAACAAAGGAUACAACACAUUAUUGUGAAAUUGGAUAAUAUUAUCGAGGUGAGUGAUAAGGUGGAUCGAGGUAAUGAUGCUAAUGGUGGAUGUGCUCUAACUUCAAUGGCGAAAAAUAAACUAGCAAAUCAAGAGCAGGAAUUUUCAAAUUUGGAAAGUAUGAUACGGACUGAAAUUUCCAGUAUUAUCUUAAAAGGUUUGGUGAAAGAUUACGUGGCUGAAUUUUAUGAAUAUGGUAUAGAAUGCCUAAUAAGUGAGUAUGUAAGCAAAGUUUAUCUCAGUGAAAUGAUAACAGAACGGAAUGAAGAUUCGAAGAGGUAUUAUCUUGAAAGAGAUAUCAAGGAAGACAUAUGUCAACUCGUAUUGAGUUCGCAUUUGCAAAGUACUAUUCUUGAAAAGAAGGAAAAUGACUUGGUAAAUGUAUCAACCUUGCCUGGUGAGGAAACUGUCAAGGAAUGGAACGAGGGCCUAGAAAGUUAUAACAUAGGAAGGCAUAUUGAGGAAGAAUUAUAUAAUAUUGUCUUUAGAGAGUGGAUUAAAGAUAUGCACGGCUUCACUGGCGUACAGUGCCAGACAGACAGGACUGUGAAUAAUUUUCUUGAAAGCUCAACAACUCCAAACAAGUCGUUUCAAAAUUUGGAUGGCGUAAUAAGGGAGGAAGUAUGCACAGCUAUUCUUCGGGAAACAUUUAAGGAAUGGAAGGAUGCACUUAAGAGAUACAAUACUGAAAGUUGGAUAAGUGAAGAUGUGAGUCAAAUUGUUUACCACGAUACGAUGAAAGACUGCAUUCACAGUUUCUCCUCUACAGCAUGUUGCAAAAGCGGGAGUCAAGAUAAUGUCAUGGAAGAUAUCUACGUAAACAGACUCUCAAGUUUAGAAGGCAAAAUCAAGGAAGAUGCAGUUUUGCUAAAGAAUGUGGAUAUGAUAUUGAAGGAUCUCGAAUGUUACAAAUACGAGAGCCUUGUUGAAGAGGAGGUAUACCAGAUUGUCAUGAAUGAGGUUGUCAAAGAUUUGAAAGAUGUAAUCAAGUUCACAUUAAACGAAUGUCAAGAAGCCAAAGAUCAAGGCCUAGUGAGGGAAGACGUGUGCAAAGUUGUUUUGAGGGAAAUGAUUAAGGAGUGGAAUAAGGAAAUAAGAAUUCACAACUUGGAAAGGUUAAGAGAAAUGAAACAUCACUUUAAACCAGAUGUUGAACUUGUAAGCUCAUUAAAGAAAAGGGAAUCGCUUUACAGGAAAGCUUUCCUGAGGAGGUGCUAUGAUCUUCAGAAAGCCGAGACUGAGGUGGAUUUGCUGGGUGAUGAAGUGGAUGCUCUUUUAAGUCUUCUCGAGAAGAUAUAUCGAUCAUUGGAACAAAUGUUACCAGUUUCGCAACACGAUUUUAAGAUUAUGGAGAUAAUUAAUGCAAUAAGGAAAGAAUUGUAUGGACCAGCUGCUUGUACAUCCUAGAUGUAAUAGUAACAGGUAUCCGGUCUUAAAUACACAUAAGAUACAAUCAUCAUCAGCUUCUAGCGAAAUAGCUAAUGUUAUCCUUGUAGGAAAUUUACGAAUGUAGGAGCUAUUAAAAACCGGUUAGAACGCUGGAGUUUUUUAGUUGAAACAUUAUGUAAUUAUGUUAUGCUGGGCUUAUAAGUUGGCUUUAUGUGUACAGCCAAAUUGAAAACAGGUUUUUAGAGUAGUACAGUAUCAGAUUUCAUAUUCAUUUCACCCCAUAGUAUGUUUUCCCAGGGAGGAACUGGUAAAAGCUUGGAGUUUGUACAGAAUAUCGUUGAAUAACUGUAGCAGUAUUUCUAUGACUCAUGAGUACAGACUUACAGUAUCAUUUUCGUAUA